AUGAUUGUUGGCCCUGGCUUUAGGCUGUGGGUUUUCACUCUAACGGCAUUAUACCUCAGUCACUCAAUUGGUUAUAAGCCAAGCCGCGUCAGAGAAUAUAUGUUGGAGAAAAUCAUAAAGAGAUCAAGCAAGACAGGUACCUUAUUUUGUCUAUUCAUGAAAAGAUAAUUUCAGUUUCUAGUGUUUUUUUUUUUUUUGCGCUAUCUAUAGAUCGAUUAAUAUAUAUUUGUUCUACAACAUUAGGCGUUCGUGGACCGCGAUUUUAAAAUGGAAUUGCCAGCAGACAUAUGAUUGUGAAUGAAACUUAGAAAAUUGGCGUGUCAAACAUUGCAUUCAAAAUCAUUCAAUUCUAAUUUGAAUUUCAAAUACAUGGAUGAUUUUCCUCGGCUUCCCCUGAAUGAGAUGUCUUAAUUCCUUUGUUAAAAAAUAAUAACAUUUGGAAUAAAAAGCUACUGAGUAAUAUCACGCAGUUAUAACUGAUACUAAAUUUGAAGUGAAAAAAAAAAUGGGAGUGUUUAACGCUGUUGUGCACCCUCCUCCCCACCCCCCCCACGGACUCUUUUAAUUUUACUACUGAAGAGAGUACAAAUAUAGUCAUUUUGUAGCUUGUUAUAUUUGUUUGCAGGCAAUUGAAAAACAUUAAGCAUAAACCAGCGACACCUAUGGCAUUUUUUAUUUACAAAAUGCAACUCUCUAAAUGUGGUGGGAAAAUACGAAUAAAAUCAGUUUUUUGGCUUAAUUUAUGUAACAUCCAUUAUAUCGGGAAAAUGAAAAACCUGGAGACACGUCAUUCCACAAACAAAAUGUUUGCAGUGAGGUUUUUGGAAAAAUCGUCAACUGAAUUUCAGUUGGUGAAAAUAAAGGUUCAAAAAGCCCCAUCUGGGGUAAUCUAUUAGAUUCCGAAAUCCGGUUAAUUUUUGCGGUGGAAUCCUGAAGCCAGGUCUUUGGAAUACAGAAUCCAAAGCGCGGAAAAGGAAACAAGGGGAACAGGGGGAACAGGGAAGCAAGGGGAGCAAGGGAACAGGCAAUUGGCUUUGGAAUACGGAAUCCAGAAUUUAAGUCCGUAAUGGAUUACCUUAAUUACAUGGGGCGAUUUAGAAACUACAAACUCUUAACUCCUGAACUGGAGUGCGCUCCAGUUUAAGAACGAAAACUAUAAGCUACUCUUAUUUUUUCAGUUUUAUACCGUGUAUCGGUCACAACUGCCGAUGAUGAAAUCGGGACUGGAACUGACGCGGAUGUCUUUAUCCAGAUCUUUGGUGAAAAAGGAAACACAAGUGUUGUGGAAUUAACAAAGUCAGGCAACCUGUUUGAAAGUGGACAGUAAGGGCCUUUCAUAUUACUUUCCUUAAAGAUUUUCGCAGACUUUGCCUUGAGGAUUUUUCUUUCGCACACAUCGCAAAAGGUUUAUUUGCGAAUAUAGUGAAAAUAGGUUGGUUGACAUUUAAUAUGAAACUUUGGUUGAGGGAGGACUCUUGUUGAUUUUUUUUGGAGGAAAUAGUGUUGAUUUGAGAAGGAAAGAAAUUAGGGUAGAAAUGGUAUACACAUAAACCAGUUAGUCCGCUGAUAAGCUUAAAGGCAACUUAUUCGGCGGUCAACGUGGGGGACCAUCUGGUAUUUGAAACUAAUAAUUUUCUUCAUAUUUUAAUUUUCAACAACCCCCAAAUCUAGUAUUUUCCAACUUUCCAUAAUUUUAAACUUCACUCCCUCAUCCCCCAAUUUUUUUAUUCAUUAAAACAUUCGAAAAAUCGUCCAAAAAUUUACACACAUUGAACCAAUGACUCCGACCGUGUUGAGCCAUUUUUUGAUUGAAUGAAAUCUUGGCUAUAUUUGGAAGAAAAAGGGCAGAAAUGAACGAAAAACAAGACUUUUGACCAGCUACGUUUUCAUUAAAUAGAUUUCAACUAUACCAAAAGCGAACCUAAAAGCGAAAGAAAGGUUAUUUAACAAUUAAUGAAUGAGGCUGAGUAUGAUAUGAAGAAUUAUGGAGAUCGAAGAGAGUGUUAUCCGUCGCGAGAUCUCCAUAAUUCUUCAUAUGAUACGAAAGCCGAAUUCAAUAAUUGUUUUAUUAUUCAUUUAAAAUAAUUCCUAGUUUAAAAACACAGCUAAAACAAGCUUACCCGCAUCGAUGUUAAGUUUAUCUUCCAUUGUUACGUUUACGUUUGUCCAGCUCCGCAAAUAUUCUCCAAAUAGCUGAUUUCGCCCUCCGAGUUGUCGUCUUACUGUUUUUGCUACGUUUUUAGCCAUUAUUUCGCCUAGUUCCAGCUGUAGCUCUUACUUGAAACGAGUCAAGUGUCCGCCAUUUUAGUUUUCACAACGAAAACAACUCAAUCUCGUGCCCAGGUUCUCUCGGUUAACGGUGCAUUAACCUGUAGCAGGCUGCAUUUUUGACGUCAUUUCCUCGUUAAACACAAAAUUCUUCCAAAUUUGGUCAUCAGAAACUGGUUAUGGUGAAUUAUGCGAGUUCUUUUAGCCAAUCAGAGUUGGGGAAAUAUUUUGA